AUGAUUCCUGAUUUAAAACAAAUUUAUGCUAAGGAAAUUUUUCAAAAUGAAAAGUUAAAAAAUUUUUUUUUUAAAUAUAGAUCUAAAUCAAAGGUCUUGUAUUCUUUUACAUCUGAUAAUGAAACUAUACUGGAAGAAAAAAAGCAUAGAAAUAAUUUAUAUAUUUUUAAAUAUAGCAGCAUAUACUUUAAAAUAUUAAAAAAUAAAUUUUAUAAAAAAUAUGAUGUAAUUUCAGAUUUUUUUAUUAUGAUACUAAUUUGUUGUUGCUUCAUUGAAGUAACAAUUAACAUCUUAAUGGGCACAAAUUAUUUUUUUUAUUUUAUGUUUUUUGAUAUACUAUCAUUAAUUUUAUUGUUUUUUGAUCUCUCUAUUUAUGAAAAGUAUUUAUUUGAUUUUUUUUGCUUUUCUAUAAAAAGUAUAUAUGGAAUAAAAGAAAUUGAUGAAGAAGAAAUAUUUUACUUAGUACAUUUACUAAAAGUUUUACGUGUUGUAAAAAUAUAUCGAUUAAUUAUUCAUUUUAUUAAAAAACUUACUAAAGACAAAUAUAAACAUAGAAAUAAGUGGAAUUUUGAAAAAGUUGAAAGUAUGCAAAAUAUAAAGAAUAUAAAGAAAAGUUUAAAAUUUACAAAUAAAAUGCAUUUAGCAUUAAUAAAAAGAUAUUUCAUGUCUUUAUUAUUUAUUAUGCUAUCUUAUAUAUUCAUAGAAAUGAUUUCAGUUUCAAAGGAAAAAAAAAACUCAAUGAGUUAUUUCAUUUAUAAUUUAGAUCUAAUUAUCUAUGAUGAAUACUAUGAAAAUGAAUUCUUGAAAGCUCUAUAUUUUUAUAGCGAAAUUCAAAAAAAAAAAAGAGAUGUAGAAUAUUUAAUAAGUUUUAGAUCAAAAAGAAAAUUAAAAAAUUUUAUUAACAAAAAAGAAAUUAAUUUGAAAGAAAAAAAUUUUAUUCUAUGGGAUUUUACAAAUCUGUCUGAUUUUUUAAAUAUGAAUGAUUCAAAUCAAAACCAAAGUAAUGAAGAAUAUAUUAUUUUAGAUAACACAAUUAAAGAUAUAAACGAAUUAAGAUAUUAUGAAAUGAAAGUCUAUAACACUAAAGAUUAUACGUUUUAUAUAAAUAUUAAAAAAAUUAUAGAAAAUAAGAUAAAAAAAAUAAUAAUUUUUAAAAUAUUUGUUAUAAUAUUUUCUCUUAUUAUUCUAUUUUACUUCACAUGUGAAUUGAAUAUUUUACUAUUCCCCAUUGAAAGCAUAUUAAAAAAAUUAAAACUUAUGAAAGCUAAUCCAAUAUUAGCACUUGAAAUGCAAGAAGAACUGUUAAAUCAUGAGUUGCAACAUAUAUUAAGAAACUCAAAACUAAAAAGAAGAAGCAUAAAAGAGAAUUAUGAGAUUUUAAAAAUGGAAGAAAAUUUAAUGAAAUUAGGUACAUUAAUGUUAUUAGGUUUUGGAGAAGCAGGAGCAAAAAUUAUUUCUAAAAAUAUUAAUGAACAAGAAAAUGUGAAUCUAUUAAUAAAUGGAGAAAUAGUUUAUUCAGUUUUUGCGUUUUGUGAUAUAAGAAACUUUACUGAAAUCACAGAAAUAUUAAAAGAAAAGAUUAUGAUAUUUAUUAAUUUAAUUGCUGAAAUUAUUCAUGAAUGUUGUGAUUUUUAUGGGGGUUCAAUAAAUAAAAAUAUAGGAGAUGCAUUUUUAUUAGUAUGGAAAUGUAAGAAAAAUAAAUUUUAUAACUCAGAAAAUAGUCAUAGAGAAUUUUCAGAAAAAGAAAAUGUAAAUAGAAUCUGUGAUUUAGCUUUUUUUUCUACAAUACAAACAUUAAUUAAGCUUCAGCAGUCAGAAAAAAUAAAUAUAUUUUUGAAAAAUGAAAAAAUUGAUGAUUUAGUUAAUAAAAAUAUUUUAGAGCUAAGUUUUGGUUUACAUUUUGGUUGGGCUGUUGAAGGAGCUAUUGGAAGUAGUUAUAAAAUUGAUUUAUCAUAUCUGUCAGAAAAUGUAAAUAUAGCUAGUAGAUUACAAGAUAUUUCAAAAAUAUAUAGAAAUAAUAUUGUUAUAUCAGGGGAUUUUUAUGAUAAUAUGUCAAAUAAUUUUAAAAAAUCUUUGAGAAGAAUUGAUAGAGCUAAAUUAAAAGGAUGCAAAAAUCCUUUAAAUUUAUAUACUUUUGAUUUAUUCUUAAAUAAAAUUAAGAAGAGAAUAAAUGUGGACACAUUUGAUAAUACCUUAAAUUUUGAUAUAAAAAUGCUAAAGAUAUUAGAUGAUAUUAAAAAAAAAACAGAUAGAAGAAAAAGAAAAAAGGAAGUAUUAAAUCUUAAUUAUAAUCUUUAUGAAGAAUAUGUAAAAAAUAAAGAUAUAAAAUUAAUAAAAGUUGAUUUUCCCAAUGAUUAUUUAAAUUUAUUUAAUGAUGCAUUAGAAUUAUAUUUAAAUGGUAAUUGGCAUGAAUCAAAAAAAAAUUUAGAAAAUUUAAAAAAGAAUUAUUCUUUUGAAGACAAUAUUGUAAAUCAAUUGUUGAACUUUAUGGAGCUGACAAAUUUUACUACACCUCAUGAUUGGUGCGGAUACAGGACAUUUUUACAAAAAUCAUAA